AUGGCAAAUUCAACGGAAUGCGAAACCGCCGAUGUUAUAAUUUGCGGUUGUGGCCCAACUGGAGCUAUGCUGUCAGCUUAUCUAGGUCAAAUGUCGGUCAAGAAUGUAGUGCUGGAGAGGGAGCCCGAGAUUACGACAGAUCCACGAGGAAUAGCUUUGGACGAGGAUGGAAUUCGACUCUUACAGGGUCUGGGCAUUUACAAUGAAAUAUAUACCGAAAUAGGAACAUGUAUGCAAUUAUUCAAGUUUGUCGAUGGCCCAGCUCCAAAUCUUGAUAAAGAAGCUUUUUUGGAAAUGGACUAUGGCACAACAGAGGGUGGUACUGGACACGUUGGGUUUAUCUGUCACAAGCAGCCUGUUCUAGAAAAAUACCUACGAAAAAGCAUGGUAGCGAACGGGUUCAGCGAUCUCCGGCCGGGCUGUUCUGUGGUGGGGCUUGCAGAAGACCAGAGCUGGACAUAUUGCGAGUAUACCAACGCAGAGGGCCACAUAAAGAGAAUACGAUCGAGAUUCUUUGUUGGAGCAGAUGGUAAAACUGGGUAUACUCGCAAAAAGUAUCUGGAGCCUAUGGGUGUUCAUAUGGAUCGUGCGCAUAAUUCGUUCUACGAAGAAACGUGGGUUGCGCUCAACUGGGAAAUCUCUCUUCCUAGACCACAGACCCAUCCCGACUUCCCUCUUUGGGUAUUAGGAUACACGCCAGAAGAGGUAUUUGACCUCUUUUUCCCAGUGGAUUUUCGUUUCUUGUGCAAUCCUAUUCGUCCCGCUGUUUGUGGGCGUUUUGGGCUUCAUAUCGAUCGUUUAUGGCGAUUUGAAUUUGUGGUCCUCGAGGGCGAGGAUGGAGAAGAAAUGGCGAAGCCAGAGAUGGUCAAGAAAAUUGUGUUUCCUUACAUUACACACAGUGGCAAACGCUAUGGUCUUUCGCACGAUGUUCAAUACCCGGAAGACUGUAUUAAAGUCCUACGGUCACGACCAUUUAUGUUCUCCGCUAGAAGCUGUAACAAAUGGUCAAAAGAUCGUGUUAUACUAUGUGGAGAUGCUGCUCAUGUCUUCCCGCCAUUUGGUGGUCAAGGGAUUGCUUCGGGGUUUCGCGAUGCCGCGUCUCUGGCUUGGCGCCUAGCCCUUCUUUGCAAGCACUCUACUCAAGACUUGCUGUCACACAACGAUGUUCUUACUGCGUGGUACACUGAACGCAAGCAGCAACUGGAAAGGUCACUUGCAUCAACCAUUGAGAACGGAAUGUUCGUAACAGAAAGUGACCGGCUCAAGAUUUUCUUUCGAAAUUGGUCUCUAUGGCUUAUAGGAUUUGUUCCUUCCUGGCACCACCAACUGCGUUUAGGGCGCCGGAAAGAUGGUAUGAUUCGGUAUCAACACGAAAGCGGAAUGCCCUUCAUCCCGUCUAUGAAUGGUGGCUUGUGUAUUACUCAAGUAUAUUGCAAACCUGUCGGGUUAGAUGCGGACAAGAUUUAUUUUACCGACGAUGUGAUUUUUAAUGGAAAAACGGGAUUUUUCCAGAUACUAGUCUAUCUCAAACGCACAAAGGAAAUAUCUAGUGCGUGCGCUGAUCUUUACGACAUAGGGAGUAUCUCACAGGGCAAUAUACGUGACGAGGACGUAACCUUCAUCGUUGAAGAAGGGAUAGACCAAUUGAUCAAGCAAGAUUAUCCCACGCUCAAGUCCCCAGUAUAUACCCUUGCCAGUGCAAAGGAAUUUUCAAGCUCAAGUUUGUGCCUGGGAAGACCAAAACCGAUAAAUUAUGAUCCUUACCGUCUUGGAAAGGAACUUAACGGAGAACGGUAUACCAUACUUCGCCCUGAUAGAUUCAUAUUCGCAUCUUGCUCUACCAAAAAGCAACUUAGUCAGGCGGUGACUAGUCUUGCGUCGUAUCUUACUAGGGGUGAGUUGGAUUGA